GGGAGGGAGAGACUGUGCAGGACAGCGAGUGAGAGUGAAGCGAGCAAGAGAGAGAAGCGUGAGAUAGAGAGAGAGAAUGUAUGGUGUCAGGGUAACGCUUCCUUGCUUGUAUCCAGGGCCUUUGUGAAUACACCAUGGGAUGCAUCGGCUCACGGAGACUCACGGCAGAUGGAGUGCCAGUAAAGGAUGGGGAACAGCUGUCUAUGGAAGACACCACGUCCAUCCUGCCUCGUCUGAAGAGGAACAACUCCAAUAACUAUGGGAUCGGUGCUCUGGCUAAGUCCUCACUGACAGGUGUGUCAGGUGUGAAUCGCUCCAUGAAGGACAAGGUGACCAAGCCUACAUCCAUGGCCCAAGGCCGGAUGGCACACAUGAUCGAGUGGCAGAACUGGGACAUGUCUGUGGUGGGCCCGGGGGGUGUCUCCGUCCCACGCAAGUCCACAGCAGAGCAGGAGAUGGAGAGACGGUUGGAGAGCGACGCCUACAGCGACCUCAGUGACGGGGAGAAAGAGGCUCGCUUUGCCGCAGGUAUCCUGCAGCAGUUUGCCAUCUCCCAGGCAACGCUCAUGGCCUGGACCUCCAUGGAUGGAGAGAGCCUGAGGUCAGGGUCCAACCAGGGCAGUGUGGCCCACCUCAGCGAGGUUAACCAGGAGAGCAUCACCAGCCGAGACCAGAUAUUGCACCACUCCUCUGCGGACAUGUGGCCCAACACCUAUGUCGCCCAGGGCCUCUACUGCCUCUCCUCCUCUGACGCCUGGGAGCCAAUCAGCAACGAGCCCUCCGGAGUGGCCUCUCCCGCUGCUGGCUCCUAUGUGAUGCAGCAGGGCGGGACUUCCUGUGAUGGGUAUGAUGGGAACGCGUUGCAGCAGCAGCAGCAGCAGCAGUUCAACCUACAGCAGCAGAGUCAGCUCCAGCAGCUGCAGCAGCUACAACAGAUACAGCACUACCAGCAACAGCAGCUCCUGUAUCAGCAACAACAGUCUCUGGAGCAAAGGCUGCACAGCGCCAACCACUCGUUGCAAGCCACGCCCAACAGCACCAUCCACAGCCUGGCCCCUGCUACCCACGCCCCAUUGGUGGACCUGUGGGGGGCGGGUCAGACAGAGUCCUAUCAGCGGAUAUCGGAGGACCAUUCCCAUCUGCUGGAGCAGCAGGAGGAGGAAGAUGAACUGAAGGACGAGGAGGUGACACUCUGCAUGGAGCCGGAGUCUGCCACUCUAACACAGAGAGAUGAAGCCAUCACCUCCGGGGGCAGUAGUCCUGGGCAACGUAGUCCGGGGCGCAGUAGUCCGGGGCAACCACCAGCACAGCAAAUCACAGAGCGGAAGGCCUCUGAUGUCAGCUGUGGAGCCAUCCAGAUGCUGGAGGAGAAGGAAGAGAAGCAGGGGUUCACUGUUGCUGCCAUGGCAACCAACUGAUUGACAGAUCGUCCUGAGAAACGUGACAGACUGACCCUCGGCGUCAGGAAUGACUGAGCCUAAUAAUUAAAUAUUUAUCAAUAAAUCUGUUCCUUUUCAGGUAUCAAACACAUUUUUGAUGGGAUAUAAACUCUUGUGACCACUGAAGAGCAGAGGAGGAAGAUUUGGAAACAGAGUCACGCAGUGACAACAGCUGGUCCAACGGACAACUUUUUUUUGGAAGCCUUACAUUCCCAGAGAGAAGGAGGAGGGAGGGAUGAAUAGAGGGAGGGAAAAAAGACUGAGCGAGAAAAAGGAGGUAUGAGGGGAUGAUAAAAAGAAGAGGAGCAGCUGAGAUUGAGACAUUUGUAUCAGGAAGAGGAAAUGGAGGAGGAGGGAAUUGUAACAUGCAUGCUUUUUAAACAAACGACUUUAUCCAGUCCAGCGUCAAAUAUGAUAAUGAUCAUUAAAUCUAUAGUAAUAAAACGUUAUCAUGAAAACAAUGAUUUUCUAACAAAGAAAACAAUCAUGACAACACAAAAAUCUAUGUAUAAGUGAAUGAUAAAAUAAUAUAUAUCAAAAUCACUGUUUUUACAACACUAUCUCUCCAUUGGAGAACUACUCUGUUUACAGCUUACACUCAACACAUCAUAUAGAAUAAUAUCAACCCCAUAACUUGAAGAACAGAAACACUCACACGUUAUACCCUCUCCUCUUAUGUCAUUCACAUCUAGCAUCCACAACACUUAUAGAACUAACUGCACGAAUACAGAGCAACUUUAGUAGAUUGUGUUCAUCAU